AGGUCUUCUUACCGUCAACCAUCGCGACCUUGUGCAUGGUCAUGGUUCUCUUUCAUAUACGACUUGCGCAGAUUUCCGCAAUUUUGGAAGGUUGCUAUUGGAACAUUUCCUUGCUGGCCUGUGUGCAAGCGAGAGCGGUUUCUUGUGCUCUGCAAUGAUGACUCAGUGUCACACAGUCAUGAUCCGCCCAUCUUUGUUCUCUUUGUCAUGUUUGUUGUCAUCAAACCCCGUGUUACGGAUGUCAUCCCCUAUGCUCCGGACCGUCAUCGAUGUUGUUGGACUUUCAGUCGACGUUGAAGCUGUAUAUGUUCAGAGCGCUCUCCAGGAACGUCUGCAUGAUGCAUUGUACAUGCCCUAUAAUCCUCAUCCUGAUUACAUUGUUCGUCUUUUGACAGGGUUUGAAAGACUCCGGCGUGAAGACGUACGGUAUCGGCGUCGAAGGCAGUGUUGAAACGCUACGUACGCGUGUCUGCGAUCAUGUUUUCAGGGUUCUUGUCUCACUUCAGUGCGUCGCCCCUUGCUGACUGUUUGUCCU